UUAAUCACCACUGGGUUUUUAAAUUUUGAUAAACCAAAAACAACUGAACAUUUUGAAGAAAAAAAAGUUUUUUUCUUAGUUUAUGUUAUAAUAUUUUGUAAAUGAGUAAUUUUUCUCCUUCACUGAUGUGCGCUAAUGAGGCUGCAGUGAUGGGCACUGAUAGGCAGCACUGAUGGGCACUGAUGAGGAGGCACUGGUAGGUGGCAUUGAUGGGCUGGCACUGUUAGGUGGCACUGACGGGCACUGAUAGGCA